UGGCCGGUUUCACAACCGAAACGAUGCUGCUCGGGGGCGCCAAGGCCAAGCCGAGUCCGCUCGACCCUGAGUACUGGCGCGGCAUUACGCACUCGGUCGAAGCACAUCCGACGGCCACGCUCGUCCACUCGCCGCUGCCGGUGCACGGGUACCGCCCACCGGUCGCGUCGCCCGUGCACCCUGUCAUGAUUAGCCCGAUCCCGUCCCAGGCGCGACAGGCGGCGAGCCAAGGCUUUGACAUGCACCAAAUCGACUACGCAUACGCCGACGCGUCGUCGUUGCGGACGCAGCUUCGACACGCGUUCAUGGCGCUCGCGAUCGAUAUCCGCCAGGUGCUGCAGGCGUACGACGUCCAUCGUAGCGGCGGGCUACCUACCCACACGUUUCAAGAUGCGCUCGCGCAAGUGGGCAUCUACCUCUCACCGCUGCUGAUGGCCGAGAUCCAACGGCGCUUUUACGCGCCGCCCGUUGACGCCAUCGACUACCACGCCCUCGCGACGUACUUGUCGCUGGACCGUGCCGAAGUCGACCGGAUUUUGCAGGACAUUGGCCGGCGGAUCGCGGCGCAAGGCUCGAUCGAGAGCAUGCGCCACAUGCUCCAGCAGUACGACCACCACAGCACGGGCUGCGUUCCCCGGCACAUCUUCUUGGAUUUUUGCCAUCGGUAUGCGUCGGCGCCCGACGUGGACCUGCACUGGCUGGCGCACUUCUUCGCCCACCCGUACGACACGCAGCUCGUCUCGUACGCGCGGAUGCUCGAGCUCUUUCCUGGCAACCACAAAGCAUCGCACCCGCAUCUCUCGCCCCGGCCGAUGAGUGCGCCCGUGGCGUAUGCGUCGCCCGUGCCCGUCUCGCCCAUGACGGCCCAUCACGGACACCAUGGGGCUCAUGGACACCCGACACCGCAUGGCUACCAGCCGCCACCGCACCACACGGGGUAUACGACGAUGGUCAACCACGCAGUGCCCGCCGCCAAGAUGGUGCUGCAAAAGAACGGGUGGAUUUGUCGCGUGUGCGCCCACCAACAAGUGGAAGACUGGGUCACGCACUGCGAGAUCUGCGACACGUCCAAGCCCCACGGCGGCGCGCGUGGUAUAUUUGUCAAGUGUCCCCACUGCAAGUUUGACAACAACUUUGAUGCGGUCUCGUGCGAGCUCUGCCACCACGGGCUGCAGGCCAAACCCAAGAAGGCUCGCAAGAAAAAGUACUACUCGAGCAGCUCGUCGUCAUCGUCGUCGUCAUCGUCGUCGUCGUCAUCGUCGGGGGGCGACUCGCGGCGGCGGCGGCGCAAGGGCAAGCAGCACCGUCGCCAGCGCCACGAAGAUGACUCGGUCCGCUUCACCAAGGGCGAGGUCAUCCAGGCCAUACCCCUUCACAAGCACGAGUACGUUCUCGGAUCGAUCGUCAAGGUUCACAAGGACGACCGCACGUACGACGUCAAGUUUGACACGGGCAAGCUCGAGCGCUACGUACCCGAAGACUCGAUUCGCGAAGUCACUCGCGCCAAGAUGGCAGGCAGCCCGCGCAAAUCGCACCACCCGUCGGCCGACGAAGGCAAGACGUCGUCGCCGCGCAAGCCCAAGCGAAUGGAAAUGACGUCCGAGUCCGAGGACGUCCGGCCGCAUUCGCCCAAGAAGACACGCCCUGUCGUCGUCUCCGACUCGGACGACCGCCCCAAGAGGCCAGCAAAGCGCCCUGAGCCCAUAUUCACAUCCGAGUCGGAUGCUGGACCAGCGUACAAACCGGGGCAGCGCGUCCGGGCCAACUACAAGGAGCAAGGUGACUGGGUCGGCGCCGUCAUCGCUAAGGUGCACUCGGACGGCUCUUGUGACGUCGAGUACGAGACCGGCAAGAUGGAAACGCGAGUCAAAGCGAGCGCGAUUCGCCCGCCCAGUCCGAAGAAGAAGCCGCAGGUUGUCACCGACUCGUCUGAGAGCGACGUCAAGGUCGUCUACGAGAAAGGCCAGCGCGUCGAAGCCAAGUACGGCGGUAAGACAUGGAAGGGCGGUGUCGUGACGCGGCGCCGGGUCAAUGGGACGUACGAUAUCGACUACGAUGAAGGGGAGAAGGAAACGGGCGUCAAGGGUGACUGGAUGCGCGCGGCCUCGAGCUCGCCAAAGAAGAAGAAGCCGGUCGAGACGACAACAACAGAAGAUGACAAGCCCAAGCGUGGCAAGUUCAAACAAAGCGACAAGAUUGAGGCGCAGUACAAGGGCAAAGACAAGUUCUACCCCGGCGUCAUUGCUCGCGCCCGGCUCAAUGGCACCUACGACAUCGACUACGACGACGGCGAGAAGGAGACGAUGGUCAAAGCCGACCUUGUUCGCCUCAAAGAAGGCUCGAGCUCGCCCAAGAAGAAAAAAACUGUGGAAGAGCCGUCGACGACGGAGGACGACAAGCCGAAGCGUGGCAAGUACAAAGAAGGCGACAAGAUUGAGGCGCAGUACAAGGGCAAGGACAAGUUCUACCCCGGUGUCAUCUCCCGUGCUCGUGUGAAUGGGACGUACGACAUCGACUACGACGACGGCGAGAAGGAGACGAUGGUCAAGACGGACCUGAUCCGCCUCAAGGGGGGAACGUCGCCCAAGAAGAAGCCGGUCGAGGAGAUGACAACAACAGAAGAUGACAAACCGAAACGUGGCAAGUUUAAACAAGGCGACAAGAUUGAGGCGCAGUACAAGGGCAAAGACAAGUUCUACCCCGGCGUCAUUGCUCGCGCCCGGCUCAAUGGUACCUACGAUAUCGACUACGACGACGGAGAGAAGGAAACUGCAGUCGCUGCCGAGCUCAUUCGAGCCAAGGGCGCCUCGUCGCCCAAAAAAAAGAAGGCGGAAGAGUCGACAGACGACGACAAGCCGAAGAAGUUCAACGAAGGCGACACGAUCGAAGCGCAGUACAAGGGCAAGUCCAAGUUCUACCCCGGUGUCAUCUCUCGUGCGCGGCUGAACGGAACCUACGACAUCGACUACGAUGACGGCGAAAAGGAGACGGGUGUCGCCGCUGAGCUUAUCAGAGCCAAGGGUGGUUCAUCUCCGAAGAAGAAGAAGGUUGAAGAGUCGACAGAAGAUGACAAGCCAAAGAAGUACAAGGAAGGCGACAAGGCUUAA